GGCAUUUUGCGCGGUUCCAGAAUCGUCGGCCGCCGUUCUCCGUUCCUAGCUAGCACUGCUUCAACUUCCUCAUUCAAUAUAUCUAAGGAACAGCUAGCUUCUGGGGAACCCUAAAAAUCUAUUACAAUGACUUACUACGUCCCCCCAGGCCAACAGCGCACCCUCCGUGCCUGCAUGGUUUGCUCCCUCGUUCAGCUUCACAACAAAUUCAUGCGCGAAGGCUGCCCGAAUUGCGACAAUGUCCUCGGCCUACGCGGCAACAACGACGCCAUUCAAGAAUGCACAUCCCAGGUCUUCGAAGGCUUGAUUACGCUCAGCGAUCCGAAUACCAGCUGGGUGGCUAGGUGGCAGAGAUUGGACAGUUAUGUGCCAGGGACGUAUGCGGUUAAAGUUACGGGUUCGUUGCCCGACGAUGUGAUUUCGAAUUUGGAGGAUGCUGGUGUGAAGUAUAUUCCGAGAGAUGGAAGUACCGGCGAAGAGGAGCCUUGAUGGGACACCUGUUCCUUGCGCAUUGUUUUUAAAUGCUCGAUAUCCCCUCGAAAUACACUUACCACCGACUCGACCAAUGAAUUGACGGCGACGACGACCUUACCCGCUUUGAGGAACGCGUUGAGAAGGCAUAGGCUCGCAUAUCUGUUGCACAUACGGAGUUACGGUCAUGGUCUGGGUUAUACAUUUGCUUUUAGUUCAUCUGGGAUUAGCCAGGGGUUGUUUGUUGAAUCUUCGGUUUUCUUUCGCAUUUACAAUUUAGAAGGGUCUUGUCCUUAUUCGACUACCGAUCUCUUACGAUGAAACUGAUACCCGAGCAGGCGACUUGUGAGAACAGAAUUAAAUCAAUUGAGCGUUAAAUAUCAUGUCAUAAACAUCCGCCGGAAUGCGUGCAGAAACCCAUAUAACUCCGAAACAAGCCCAGGUAGUCAGGAAAUAACAAUCAAACAAGGAAAUUCAUC